CUGAAAAAACGAAGCGCAUUGUUAUGGCAUUUUAGUUUUACUCAGAUUAACAGUACGUCAAAAAUGGUUCCUAAAAUCUCGCACAUAGCAUGCCUAAGCUUCUUCUUUCUGCACCUGGAGUCAUGGACCCACGCGGAACUGUUUACUGCCAUAGCCGAGAUGGAACCGCUGCUACAGACGCACAAGAGGAUCAUUGAUGACUUAGACCAUUAUAUUAUUAAGGAAGAGGAAAGAAUCGCUGUAUUGAAAAGGCACUUGGACCUGUACAAGCUUGAGCAUAAAAAAGCGAUGGAAGACAUUCCCAACUAUUUGGGAAAUCCUAUCAACGCAUUUACCUUGAUUAAAAGACUGACUACGGAAUUAGAUGAUAUAGAAGAUAGUAUAAAAAUUGGCACAGAAUACAUAAAGAACAUUACGAUGAACCACGCGGACGUGAAGUACCCCACGCUAGAAGACUUGGCGGGAGCGGCGCAGGCCCUAACGAGAUUACAGACCACCUACCACUUAAACGUUCACGAGCUCGCCCAGGGCGUACUCAACGGAGUGAAGUACAGCUUCCCCAUGUCGGCUGCGGACUGCUACGAGCUCAUGCGAGCGCUGUACAACAUGAAGGACUACGAGAACGCACUGGCGUGGGCCAUGGAGGCACUCAGCAAGCUGCGUGAGAAGACCGUCUCGCACUCCUUUACGGAGAUAGACUUGCUCGAGUACAUCAGCUUCUCGCAUUACCUGAAGGGAGACGUGAAGAGUGCCUUGGAAUGGACGGAGAAGCUGCUUGCCUUAGACCCUGAACAUACGCGGGCGCGGGGCAAUGUGCCGCACUUCAUGAAAAGUAUCGCCGAGCAGGAGAAGGCCGCACGGAGGAGGCAGCGAGGGGAAACCGGGGAAGAGUCGACGAAACCCGAGGUGUCCGACGAGAUGAGAGAUUACGCCAUUGAGAGAAAAAAAUAUGAGGCGUUGUGCCGCGGCGAGAUGGAUAUCUCAAGUGAAAUUGCUAAAAGACUGAAGUGCCGUUACCUGACGGAGAACCACCCUUUCCUGCGACUAGCGCCGUUUAAGGUGGAGCAGGUGUACAUCAGCCCGGACGUGUUCGUGUUCCACGAUGUCAUCAGCGACGACGAGAUCCAGCAAAUCCAGGACAUGUCCAUGCCGAGGUUCAAACGCGCCGUGGUGCACGACCCGAAGACGGGCGAGCUGGUGCCGGCGCACUACCGCAUCAGCAAGUCGGCGUGGCUGCGCGACGCCGAGGCGGCCGUGGUGGCGCGCCUGACUCGCCGCGUGCAGCGCAUGACCGGCCUCGAUGUGGGCUCGGCCGAGGAGCUGCAGGUCGUCAACUACGGCAUCGGCGGACACUACGAGCCGCACUACGACUUCGCGAGGAAAUAUGAAAACGCCUUCAACCAUUUCGAUGGCAACAGAAUUGCCACCGUGUUGUUUUAUAUGUCGGAGGUGGCGCAAGGCGGCGCGACUGUGUUCACGGAGCUGGGCCUGAGCGUGUUCCCGGAGAAGAACGCGGCGCUGUUCUGGCUGAACCUGCACCCCUCCGGCGAAGGCGACAUGGCCACGCGCCACGCCGCCUGUCCCGUGCUGCGCGGCUCCAAGUGGGUGUGCAACAAGUGGCUUCACCAGGGCGGGCAGGAGCUGCUGAGGCCCUGCAGCCUGGAGUACCAGCAGGAAGGCAUCCAGAGGAAGAUCCCGCGCGCGGUGCCCAAGUCAGCGAGGUAGGCUGUUCCCAUGCGUCUGCUAGAUUUAACAAGAAUCCAUUCAUCGUAUUACAUGUUUUAUGUGUAUCUAAAGUAUAAGACAAAAUCGUGCGUCGAAUUCUACAGCUAAUAGAGAUGGCGCUGUUAGGCUCCGUAUAUUAUGCGAUAAUCCUAAUUGUCAAGAGUUGACGUUUGACAAUUCAGUUGCCACAGGACAUGGCGCCGUACAAUGUCAUCUUCUUUUUUUAUUAAAAUCUUGGACAUGAUUUUAUACAGUCAAUGAAUCUUUGAUAUAAAACAAAUGAACUGAAUACAAAUCCUAGCAAUAGUUAGGUUAUUUUAAUAGUACCUAAACUAAUUUAUAAAACGGGCAAGUCUAAUUAGUAAUCAGUUUUAUAUUGAGUUGACGCAACCGAUAAUAAUGAAAAAUCAACAAAACAAACAUGUUGAAUUAUUUCACAUAUUAUAAUAAUAGUAAUUGUGAUUGUAUUUUUAAAACUCAAAGAAUAAACAAUGAACCAACUAAGUGCCAAUAGAGUCACUCACUCCUUCGAUACAAACUGUAAUAUGACGAAGGUGAAUUGAUUCUUAUUAGGCUAUUGUUAAUUUACAAUAAAGUCACAUUUUCAUUUAUUUUACAUCCUCCUUAUUAUUACUAUCGGGAAGUCGCAUAAACUC